AGGCUGAAAGUGCUCCCUUAGAUACUUUAUUUGAAGAAAGACAAAAAUUGAAUAAUCUUCUUAGCCAAUAUACGCUUGACCAAAUUUAUAAUACAGAUGAAACUGCUUUAUAUUAUCAUAUGCAACCAAACCAAACUUU